AUGGGGCACAUGAAAAUAGUGAGCAAGGAAGAGAGCCAGCCAAGUGCCGCAUUCUAUCUACCACAUCAUCCAGUGAUGAAGUUAUCAAGUCUCACAACUAAGUUACGGGUCGUAUUCGAUGCAUCAGCCAAAAAUGAUUUAGUUACAAUACUGAUGCGAUUCCGUAAACAUCAGGUUGUCAUAAAAGCAGACGUGGAGAAGAUGUUCAGACAAAUAAGGGUAGCUGAAGAAGACCAAGACUGGCAAAGGAUAGUCUGGAGAUCGCAGUCAGAUAAAGCAUUAGAAUUGUAUCGACUUACAACCGUAACUUAUGGCACAACUUCAGCUUCAUUUAUGGCAACUAAUUGUCUUGUCUCACUGUCCGAAGAAGCGAAACAGAAAUACCCAGAAGCGUCAAAAAUCAUACGCCGUGAUUUCUAUAUGGAUGAUUUGAUGACCGGUGCCAGCACAGUUGAUGAGUGCUGCCAGUUACAGAAGCAAAUCGACUCAAUUCUAGUAUCAGCGCACCUUCCCUUGCGCAAAUGGUGUUCGAAUUCAACUGAGGUCUUAGAACGCAUUGAAGAUUCAAGCGACGACCCGUUAUUUGCACUACAGAUUGGUGAAGAUGAAAUAAUCAAGUCAUUGGGGCUUAGCUGGAAGCCAGCUUUGGACGCAUUUCAAUUCAUAGUAGAGCAGAAAGCAUUUAUGGCUAAGUCGACAAAAAUAACGCUAUUAUCUGAUCUAAAUAGAAUCUUUGACCCUCUAGGGUUCCUGGCGCCUGUACUGGUAAGAGGAAAAAUAUUCUUGCAGCAGCUUUGGCAGCUGAAAAUAGAAUGGGCCCAACAGCUGCCAGAGGAAUUGUCAAAUAGAUGGUAG